AUGACGGGCAUCAAAACCCGGGUGUGUAUGAUAUCCGACACGCACACCUGUGCUCCCAACCCGCGCCAGUACACCUGGAAUGCCUACCGCCACCCACUCCCCACGGCCAACAUCCUGCUCCAUGCGGGCGACCUCACGAAGGUGGGGUACCGCGUCGAGCACGAGGCGAUGAUCGCCAUGCUCAAAAAAGCCGAUGCCGAGCUCAAGCUCGUCAUCGCCGGCAACCACGACGUCACUCUCGACGAAGACUACUUCAUGCGCGGCGGGUACCGGCGUCACCGGCAUCCCGAGCUCCUGGGCCUCGGCGACGUUCUCACUGAAGAAAAAGACGCCAUCUACACCCCCCAAAGCAAGGCUUCCGACCCUGGAUCCCGCCCGGAAGAUGUGCGGGCAUAUGUCCAGCGCGCUCAGGACCUGUAUACAAACGACGAGGCCCGCGCGGCGGGCAUCCGCUAUCUCGAGGAAGGCGUGCACUCCUUUACGCUCUCCACUGGCGCAACUUUCACGGUGUAUGCGUCACCCUAUCAGCCCGAGUUCUGUAACUGGGCGUUUUCAUAUAAGCGCAACGAGGACCGUUUCAAUCCUCCCGAGUCUUCUUCUUCCUCCACUACGACUACACCCCCACCUCAAAACCCCGUCCCCGAUCACCCGGCCAUUGAUUUCCUCUUGACCCACGGCCCUCCGGAGGGAGUUCUGGACCGGGUGGGACCCGGUAUGCAUGUUGGCUGCGUGCACCUCUUGCGUGCAGCGGGUCGUUCCCGGCCACGGAUCCAUGUGUUCGGGCAUAUCCACGAAGGCUGGGGUGCACUGCGGGGCAUCUGGGAUGCCGAGGCAGAGCGGGGGGUCAAGCUCGAGCCCGUACCUACUGACCCAGAGGAAAUGAUGGAGAACCGUGGAGCAUUUUAUGAUAUGAGCUCGCAGGGAGAACAGCAGCUGCAGUUUGGUGCGGAGACUCUGUUUGUCAAUGCCAGCAUCAAUACCGUGGCGUAUCAGCCGCGGAAUGCGCCGUGGGUGGUGGAUCUGGAGCUUCCACGGGCUGCAGAAUAG